AUGCGACCCUCGCAAACCUGCACAAGAUGUUUGACUCGUCUUCGUCCAUCGGAGAUACUUCUCAGACCUCAAUCUCAAUUCUCUAGGACAUUGUCGUCAUCAGCCCUUUCCGGUACACAACGAAAUUUGAAAAAUGGGGUUCUGCCAUCUCUUCAAUCGAAGCGCACGUUUCUCUCCAUGUUUGGAGGUAAAAAGGAUGUUCAGACCUCACCCCUCCCCUCGGAAUUAGCCUCUACAAGCGAUCAUCCGGUAUACGAACAUACAGAUGGCUCACGUAUCCUCCUUAAACCGAAUAACCUCUUUCACCCUAUGGACAAGUCGCCGUCUCCUUCGAUGCGUGAACGUGCAGCUGCAAUUAAGCGUACCGCAUAUUGCCCGCACCCCGAUCAUGCUAGCUCUCUACAGCAUGUGAAGUUCACUUGCUCUGACUGCGGUGUCCCCACUUACUGCUCAGAGGAGCAUUGGGCCGCGGACUACGAAAACCAUAUUCUAAUCUGUGAUGCUCUGAGGGAAGCGAAUGAGGACGAUCAUGAUCUUCGCUCUGGCAGAGCUGUCAAUGAUCCAAGAUCUCUUCGCCAGGUUACUAGGCUUCUAACAUACCCUAUCACAAUCGCGAGUUUCUUGCACGAACUUAGCCCCUACAACCUCCGCCACAGACUGACUAUUGAGGGCUUGAAGAGUGUAAGCGCUCUCCGCUACACCCUUCAUCCCCCCAAAACUGGUGGUGGAAAAGACAUGAAAGGGAUUCGCAUAACUCCACCACCUGUCCGAAUUUUCAUGCUCGGUGCUCGUGCUGAGUCCUCUCUUCCCAGAGAAGUCUGGCAUCAACUUACCCACAUGUUCCCUAUAUCUACUUUUCAUCUUGUUUUCAUUGGCCCUGAAUCACUCGACGGUCGAUCUUCAGAACUCCCGGUCCCUGAUCGUACCGACUCCAAUCCAUUUGGGGCGAUCGUUGAACGUGUAUCCCAUAACAUGAAGAUCAGCACAUUUGUUGAGCACUACCAUACUCUUCACGCUACGGGAACCUUUGCGCCAUUUGACCCUUACUUUGAUUGCUUUGUACUUUUCCACCCGGGGUUGGGACAUCCUGGAAGUGCAGCCGAGUGGGAGAACACUUUACCGAAAUUGCUGGAGACUAAAUGCCCAGUUCUUGUGACAGGAUAUACAGAGAAUGAUAUGGAAAGGGAUGUGAAUUGGAUCAACGAUAAGUGCAAAGGAGAGUUCGAUAUGUUGUUAGAGCCAGGGGAGAACCGGUUCAAGAGUUUGAGGUGGGAUAUUAAUGAUGCGGACCCAACGGAUUUGAGCCAGGGUAAUUGGGGCGUAUGGAGCUUUAGAGGAAAGAGAUACGAGGCUACGAGAAAGGAUAUAGAGGAAGUGUAG